AGGCUCAGAAACCGAACAUCAGCUGUUGCCCUGUAUCGGGCAUCAACGCCUGCGUCUUGGCUAAGUUUUAUUAACGUUGUGCUGGAGCAAAAUCAGUAAUUCGUGGUCACAUGGGUUACUCAUUAUAAUUUUCAAGUUACUAUUAAUACGACAAUUUAAAUAUUUUUAAUAUUCAAGUAUUGUAAUUGUUUUAGUAAUAAUAUCCAGCGCAUUUCGUUUUAUACUGCGGGGUUAAAGCGACUAUUUCUCCGAUUCAGAGUUGGAGGAAUGUUUUCGGCUGGAUAACGUGGAGUGAAGAAGCUCAUGAUUUUUAAAGAUGGAUUGCACAGCUUUCAAAGACAAUUCUGAAAAGGCUGCGGAUCUGCUCCCAUCUGGACCGGAGAUGAGCUCUGAGCAAAAGCAAGCAGCGUCUCCUGACCUCCCAAAAACAGCUGAGAGUUCAGACACACACGCCCUGCCCCAAACGGACUGUCAUGUGAUCACGGACUGCACUGCGAGCAAAGACAAAGCGGCGAAAAAGGACUCGGUCAAGACUGACGGCGCCCCCACCCUUCAAACAGACAUCGGUAAACCACACGGGGAUUCAGCCCCAGACGCAGGGCCUCUCCCUGUAACUACUGAUACCCCCCCGGCAAAAAACGAGGCCGUGAAAGCUGAAGAGAGACACAAGCUGGCCAGGCAGAGGAGAGAGGAACGGGCCAAGCACAUGGAGGAGCGUAGCCAGCAGCAAGCUGCCAAAAGAGCCCACUGGCUGGAGAAGGAGGAGAAGGCGCGCCGUCUAAGGGACCAGCAACUGGGGGACCGACGGAGGAAGCUGGAGGAGCAGCGUCUGCUGGCAGAGAGGCGACGAGCCAUAUUGGAGGAGAAGCAGCGGGAGAAGCUGGAGAAGAACAAGGCUCGCUACGAAGCAGCAGUGAAGAGGUCUGUGAAGAAGACCUGGGCAGAAAUCCGGCAACAGAGGGGGUCUUGGGCCGGAGGCCUGAACCAGAACUCUCGGAGGGAAAGUAGAUGCUCAGCAUCGAUGGUCAACUUGACGAAACAGGUGGACUCAGUUAUUAGCAAGAGGCUGUCGAAGUCCUCUGCCACCCUGUGGAACUCUCCCUGCCAAACCCGCAGACGGCAGCUCAGCCCGUGGGAGGCCAGCAUUGUGGAGCGCCUGAUGAGACCCACCCUAUCCUUUCUGGCACGGAGUCGUAGUGCCACCACUCUGAUGAGCAGCACCCUGGGGGCCCACUCGCCUGCAGGAUUCAAUUCACCACUAUCAACCUGUGGUGAGCAGCGCUCCCAGCGAUUCCAGGUGUCAGCCAGCACACCUAACAUUGCCCCCCGCAAGCAGGACUCAAUGGAAAGGAGACGAAAAGAAAAGAAAGACAAGGAGAGAGAGAAUGAGAAGGAGAAGAAUGCGCUCUCUAAGCAGAGCCUGAAGAUGAGGCAGUCCAUGCCCAGCUUAAAGCCCAGGGUUCAGCCCAGCCCCACCUCCCCCAGGACCAUAUCCAAACCGAGUGGAUCAGAGACCCCCGCAGGCUCCAAGACGCACCCCAGGAGAGCGAAGACACCCGCUCGAGUGCCACCAAGAGCAGCCUCCCCCGUCACUGGUGGGAAAAUGAGAGUGUCACGCCAGCCUGUGGCUACUGAGAAGAAAGGCUCAGCUGGCGUUCCUGCCAUCGUCGUGUCUGCUGCCUUGGCCACACCCCUUUCGAAAAGCACACCAGUCAUAGCUUCCACUCAAAAGCAGCCUUCACCAGGCCCCAAGCCUCAUUCCAUGGUCAAGCUAAUGGCAGUUGCCGAUACUAAAAAGGCCCCACCAACCACCAUCCAGAUGAAAGCACUGUCCCAGAGUACACCAAUCAUAACGCCCACUCCGAAACAAACUCCGCCCACCAUUAACCCGGCCACACCCCUCUCCCUCAGCCGACCAGUCCAAACUCCCAGCCCCAAACAAGCCUCAGCAGAGUCCACUCCCCCUCAUACCUCAGCUGCACCUGGCAGGUUCAGCGCUGGAACCACAGACCCAGAAGAAGCCGCGCGGAGCCUGGCGGAGAAACGACGACAGGCCCGUGAGCAGAGGGAGAGGCGGGACCAGGAGCGAGGCCGGCCAGAGUGUCGGGUGCCGGCAGUGAAGAAGGCACAGGAGGGGGAUACACAAAAGCGGGGCGAAGCUCUGUCAGUGGAGACACCAGCGAUGGAGCAGACACAGCAGCAGAGGCGGCAGGAGGACGCUGCGGCCGAGGAAAGACGACUUGUCCGAGAAAGACACUUCCAGAAGGAGGGACAGGAGCGCCUGGAGAGGAAGAAGCGUCUCGACGAGAUCAUGAAACGGACACGCAAGCCCGACAGCGGGGAGAAGACAGAGGACUCCUUGGCUGCCCUGGCCGACUGCGCAGAUAUGCAGGUGAUCCAGGACAGUGGCACAGUGUUGGCAGGCCACCAGAAAGACCCGACUGGUGUCAAAGAUCCAGCAAUGGGCCAAUCACUGGAAAGCUUACAAUACAGCCCUGCCAACCGAGGUUCGGCCGCUGUGAUGAACGGCAUCCAGACAGCCAAACAGAAUGGAAUUGCCGUCACAGCUGUGGCUUCUGAACUUGAGGAGAUCGUCCAUCUCUCAAAUCACAACAAUGCCAACAGCAGGGGGCCGGAUAGGUCAGAGACUGACAUCCACAGCGAGCCAAUAUUAGUCUUCAAGGGCGGGUCUCCCUUCCUGAUGAGGGCUAGCACCAUGCAGCCGCAGCACGUGACAGAAGUCCUCUAGGCAGCUGGAAGACGACCCUUCAAGAGCACCAGGCCAAAAAUGACGGAUAGGCCUAACAGGAGAGAGCUUCCAGAUUCACUCACAGACAAAUGGAUUCUCGCAGAAGGUUCCUUGGAGUAUUACUUGUAGAACAAAAAAAAAACACACUGAAUUGUUCUAUGUUCAAUUUCCUUAUAAACAUUACAGUGGAAGAUUGUGUUACUAUUUAACAGACAGAGUAAUGCAUUUAAUAACCAGUGAGUGAGGAAAUGCACAGAUAUCAGAUUAUUCUUGUUGUAAUAAUCAUGAUUACUGUUACAAUGAUAACAAAGUGUUUUUCAUUUUGUCUCUAGUGCUUUAGUUAUUUAAAGGGAAGGUAUUCUGGGUGCAAUGUAGGAAUAGUGUAAUGUUCCCUUCAUUUCCUUCACCUUGGGUCAGUGUAAUUAAGGCAUACAGUAUGUGGGCAAGUCCUGUCAUGAAGAAUGAAAGAUGCAUCUUUUUAAUGACUUUUAUGGAUGAAAAUUUUAGCCUAACUUAGUAUGGUGAAGGACAACAUGAAAAGUCUCACCCAGUGAUCUGCAUGUGCAAUGUAUUUGUAAAAGUAAUUUACUCAUACUUUUUUUAAAUAUUGUGCUGCUUAACCACAAAUAACAGAAAUUGUCUAAUAUAAUUAAAAGUUAAUGUGAACACUAAAGUAAAGUGGAAAUCAUGA